AUGGCCCGUACAAAGCAAACCGUACGUAAAUCAACUGGCGGAAAGGCUCCACGUAUGCAGAGGAUAUCCAAAGCCGCUGGUAAAAGCGAAAAAGGUACCGGAGGUGUGAAGAAACCACAUCGUUAUCGUCCAGGAACAAUCGCUCUUCGUGAAAUCCGUCGUUACCAGAAGUCGACCGAAUUAUUGAUUCGCAAAUUGCCGUUCCAACGUUUGGUUCGUGAAAUCGCUCAGGAUUUUAAAUGCGCCUUGCGUUUCCAAGCAGUUGCAAUUGGCGCUUUGCAAGAAGCCAGCGAAGCCUACUUGGUCGGUUUGUUUGAAGACACCAACUUAUGCGCCAUCCAUGCAAAUCGUGUCACCAUUAUGCCGAUGGACAUCCAACUCGCUCGUCGUAUCCGAGGCGAACGUGCUUAAG